CUUCCAUUACUCAUCUAAAUCUCAUAUACUGGAACUGCAAAUUUCAAAUGCUUCACUCUGUAAUAAAAAAUCCUUUAAACGAAGCUCAAAUGACGAGUUCCGCUCACACAUUUGCAUUCCUGCACCCGCCAUUCCUCAAUUCUCGCCGCUCAAGUCUCCCUUUCCCGAUCCCGAACCCCAGGCCACCGACGAGACUGCAGAUCCGGACUCCGAUCAGAGCUCAGGCAUCUCUCCCCGAUAUCGGCAUCGUGAACCGAGCAAUCCUAUUCGUUCGGACCUCGCCGCCGACUUGGCAGUCCGCCGUUGCUAGUAACGCCAUCAUCUUCGCUCUUGGAUCUCCGCUUCUGGUUUCCGGCCUUUCGCUUUCUGGUUCGGCCUCCUCGUUCCUGCUCGGAACUCUCACUUGGCGCGCCUUUGGCCCCUCUGGAUUUCUCCUUGCGGCUGCCUACUUCAUACUUGGCACUGCUGCAACUAAGGUGAAAAUAGCAGAGAAGGAGGCUCAGGGUAUAGCAGAAAAGAGGAAGGGAAGGAGAGGACCUGGAAGUGUGAUUGGUUCCAGUGCAGCUGCUUGCGUUUGUGCAUUACUGUCGAUCAACCGGGUCGGCGGUGCUACUUUCUCUCGUCUUUGGGAACUUGGAUUUGUAGCAUGUUUUUGUACCAAGUUGAGUGACACAGUCUCCAGUGAGAUAGGGAAGGCGUUUGGUAAAACCACAUACCUUGUCACAACACUCAAGGCUGUUCCAAGAGGAACAGAAGGAGCAGUGAGUGUGGAGGGGACUUUCGCUGGACUUAUUGCUUCAAUUCUCCUGGCUUCCAUUGCUUGUAUAACGGGUCAGAUAAACAAACCUGAGGUGGCUAUAUGUGUUUUGGCUUCCCAAAUUGCCAACUUUGGCGAAAGUCUGAUUGGUGCUGCGUUUCAGGGGAAGGAAGGGUUUGGAUGGCUGAACAAUGAUGCUGUCAAUGUGAUCAACAUAUCAAUGGGCAGCAUUCUUGCGAUCGUAAUGCGGCUUAGUUUGAACUCCACACCUGGCCUGCUAAAUUCACUAGGUUAACUACUACAAUGUCAUUAAACUAACUGCAAAAUCAUUUAAAACUCUUUGGGUGCUGUCGGUUCAUUCAAAUGUACAGAUUUGAAUUGUCUUGAUUAAUGAACAAUGUUUAGGGGGCUGUUCGUUUGAGGCUUUGAGCUGUUGCUAAUUGCUGUUAGAAUAGCUGUUAACAAUUUAUGUGUUUGAUUGUACCCUGAAUGCUUAUACUUUGGUUUGAAAAUGUUAAACUUUGUGUUUGGAAUUCAACCCUCUCCCAGCAGAUAUAAACGUAAGGGAGACCUAAAAAAAGAUGGGUCGAAUG